AGGUUAUGUUCUGCACAGAUCAUAGAUGAACACAACUACACAGCAGAUUACAAAAUUUAUAGAGUGAAAUUUGUUAUCUCACGAUAUUCUAGAUUCUAGUAGGCUGGAAUAGAACUAUUCUGGAUUUUCUUCGGUGUGUAGAAAUCUUUGAUUAUUUUACAUGUUAAUAUAAAAACGGCCUUGCAAAUUAUCUGUCUAAAAGACUUCAACCUCAAAAUAAUGACAACAAAACAUUAAAAAAGAUCAACUUUGGAAGUGAAGUGUUUUAAAAGAAUCCCCAGCAACUCUGGAGGUCUGGUGAUCCGCCAUGGAUUGUUUGAUGAUUUUCAAUCAUCUAAACGACCUGAUUUUCACGAAACAUAAUGCUAUCUUUGAGGAGCACAUUAAAAACUUGGCUCUUGCUCAAGGGCUGAUAUUAAAGGAGCAGCUAGAAGAAACGCUGGACAGUAAUGUCUUCAUACAGUUGUUUUCGCCCAUUGUGUCCUCACAUCGAAUUAUGCAUUUUCAGUUUGGUAAUUCGUAUACCACAAUACAGUUUCAUACAGAUUUUAAACUGCAAUUCCGUGAGUUCAUGGAUUAUGUUUUUAUUGUGAUUUCCGGCGAAAAAGUUGCGAACUUAAUCGAUAUGUUUGUAACAUUCGCACGAUAUCUAUGCGGCCCAGAAAUUUAUCAGUUGCGCACCAAUAACUGCAAAUCCACCCUGUACACUCGUCUAAUCGACCAAUGGCUUCUUCUUCGAAAUCGCGAUCAAGCUGUAUUUGUCGAAGGCUUGGAACAACUUAUAAUUAAUAACGAUAUUAGCGCAACAUGCUUGCAAAGCCUGAAAGAAUCGAUUGCCAAACUAUCCGUUCAUCCCGAGUGUUCGAAGAUUCACGCACUUUUGUUUGUGGACAAUAAAUGCCUGUCCCUUUAUUCCAGCACUCCUGCAAAAGAAUUAGCCCCAGCGGACAUUCUUUUUCUCAUCAUACUGACCCACUGCGUAUCUGAAGAGUCUGGACACUUGGAAAGCUUCCAAGUGCUUUUAUCUGGAUCCGAUGUGGAGCCUAAAUGUUUACCGCAUGCGGUUCAUGUGGUGGAACUGCUUUCACAAGUUUUCUUAGUCUAUUUGGUCGAAAUGGGGGAUCCAUUGGUUUCAGCGACGCUUUUUGAGACUUUUCAUCACUUACACCGACUAAGAUUCAUUCAGGUUCAAAGGGAAAUGGCUUCGAUUCAAAUGGGGUACGAAAACGUCGAUCUUUCUAUCAGGAAGUUGAAUGGUUACUUGAAAAAAUGCAAGGUGAAAAACUUGGAAAGCUCCCAGAAGCAACUGAUUAAAAAAUGGGACGUUCUAAAAGGAAAAUACCGGGAAUAUUUAAAAACCUUAUCUAAUGAAGCGCUGCUGCGUGCCGAAAGUUUAGCAAUGAAUCUGCUGGAUAGUUUGAAAGAAAUCCACAAUCUGACUGCAGUUGAUGAUUCGAUAUUAAAGUGCAGUGCUGCGCACGUUUUGCAAGCAAUCCCGAAGGUUCGGCAGGAUUUGGCGGAUUUUAAUGAGUACUUCCUAGUGAAGGGCAUCAAAAACUUCUCACUGGGAUCAGAAGAUUCCCUAACCAAACACAAGUAUCUGGAAGAGUUUCCUGGAUUAGUGCACUUUUUGUACAUAGACAGGAACACGCACAAAGUGACCACGCCGUCUUUGGAUAUGCAAGCUGAAAAAGCGGAGUUUAUACAGAAAAAAAUUUGGUCAAUGGUCACUUUUGCCCAUUCGCACCUCCAAGAGGGCCACACUGCGAUUAUAUGGAAAGACACGAUUUUCACAUACGGUUAUUUUUUGUGGUUUGAAGACAGCAGCGGCGAUUCGCUCAAAUUCACCUUAACUCCGGACUUGGGAAGUAAAAUCCCCGGAAUUUUACACGAGGACUACUACAUGAAACUGAAGACUGCAAUGCAUCCAAAAUUGCCAGCCCAGAAAGUCAGAGCCUAUGAGCUUUUCGUAAUGUAUUUAGGACUAGUCACUGCUUCUUCAGUGUUGGAGCAAACCAGAAAGCUGGCAUCCACUAUAUGGGAGCUGAAGAGUUUGCCCACUCAUGUGAUUAAUUUGAUUUAAGCACAUGUUGAAUUUAGAGAGGACAAGGUAAAAUUUCAUUCCUAUUCAACUGUUGCAUUCCUAAUAGUGAGAUAUUAAAUGUAUGAAAGUGUAUGGAAUAACAUAUAGUUAAUUAGAUCUCAAAGCUGUUAAAUUUGCUUUUCAUAAUAACAAAGAUGCAGCGGGUUUGAGGGUUGAAGUAGCAAAAGCUUAAGGGAGCUUCGCUCAGCCCAAAUAUCGAACAAAGUUUCUAAUUCCAUUGAAAAUCUCCCCUAGGUUUUUGUUAGUUCAACUGUGAAACACUCUGCAUAAUAGAAAAAGUAAAACGUGCCUGAUUAAUAAAAAAUAUUAGAGAAGGA